UUUCUCCAACAAGGCACUUUCUGCCUCUUCUUGUCCGCUUCGGAGUUCGCAGUUCGUGUUCGAGCAGAACAACGAGCUCUCAUCUUUCUCCAGCAGACACUUUCUGCCUCUUUUGUCUGCUUCGGAGUUCGCAGUAGGCGUUCGAGCAGAACAAGAUGGGACCUUCUUCGAGGCUUUUCUGAGAGAUGGAGAAAUCUUGGAGCUAAAUGCUCCGAAAACAAUAUCAACUCUAUAGAGGCCAAAUGGUGGGUAGAUGAACUCUGGCCUUUGAUCUGGCCUUGUACAGUAGCAGUUUCUCCGAUAGAGGAAGAUCUUGAGAUAAGAUGGCAGAGGUUGUAGUCUUCAGCUUGAUCGAGAAGAUGACCGAUGCUGUGGCCACUGCAGCAGUCCGACCUCCCGGCGGCCUCGCCAGGCCUCAGCAGAACGUUCACGAAGGGAUGAUCCGGAUCAAGAGCGAGCUCGAGGUGAUGCAGGAGUUCCUCAAGUCCAUGAACACGUACAGAGGCGAACAUGAGCUGGUCUUUAUCUCCUGGGCCAAGCAGGUUCAAGAUGUGGCCUACGACAUCGAGGACAUCGUCGACGAGUACACCUACGUCGUCGCCGGUAGCAGCUGGGGCAGCUUGGGAGCCUUCGUCCGUGGCCUCUCCAACGACGCCAAGGCCACUGCUUUGCGCGAAAUCGCCAGGAGACUGGAGGCCAAGGAAGUUAGCCUUGCUCAGCUAUCAGGAAUCGGAGAGUUGCCUGUCAUCAGAAUCCCACAGAAGUUGGCGGAGCUGCCCGACGACCCCCAGCCGGGCUACCAUUUAGCGGAAUCAGCACACUUCGUCGAGGAAGACGAACUUGUGGGGAUCGACGACCACAAGGAUAGGCUUAUCGGGUUGCUGACGGACGAGGAGCCCCGGCGCACCGCAGUCGCCGUCUUCGGCAUGGGCGGCGUCGGGAAGACCACCCUCGUGACCAGAGUUUACAGAGACAGAGCAAUCCUCAGCCACUUCAGCUGCCGCGCGUGGGUCAUUGUGUCCCAAAACUACAACAUCGAUGACCUGCUGCGGAAGAUCCUGAGGGCGCUGCUGCAGGAGAGGAUGGAAGAGACCGCCGACGACUUCGAUUCGAUGGAGUACAGGAGGCUGGUGGAAGCACUCCGCGCGCAUCUGGACCGCCAGAGGUACCUGAUUGUGCUGGACGAUGUGUGGCAGGUCAGCAUCUGGACGGACAUCAGCUACGCGCUGCUCGCCAACAACUGCCGGAGCAGAGUCAUCAUCACCACGAGGAUGCAGGAAGUGGCUUCGGUGGCGGGUGGCAGCCGGGUCAUGACAGUGGACCCUCUGCCGGAGGAGAUGGCGUGGUCUCUCUUCUGCAAGAAGGCGUUUCCGAGGGGGGAAGGAAGCGUGUGCCCCCCGGCGCUGGAGCACUGGGCCAGAAGAAUCGUGGACAAGUGCGAAGGCCUCCCCCUCGCCAUCGUCGCCAUCGGCAUCCUGUUGUCCCACAGGGACAGGGCGGAGUCGACAUGGAAGAGCAUGCACGACGGCCUGACAUGGUCUACCACCGAACACACAGGGCUCCAUAGAGUCUCCAGAAUCCUGAGCCUAAGCAUCAGGCAUCUACCGUACCACCUCAGGAACUGCCUCUUACACUGCAGCCUCUUCCCGGAGGGUUACCUCAUCGGAAGAAAUCGGUUGAUCAGGCUCUGGGUGGCGGAAGGGUUCGUGAAGGAGCGGCGUCAGAGGUCGAUGGAGGAGGUGGCCGAGGACUACCUCAACCAACUGGUCGGCCGCUGCCUGCUCCAAGUCACCCACACAAACGAGUCCGGAAGGGUGCGCUUCUGCCGAGUUCAUGACCUCGUCAGGGAGCUCAUCGUGGCCAGAUCCAGAGACGAGCACUUCGCCGAGGCGUACGACGGCAAGCCGGAAGAUUUAAGCGAUCGGAUCCGGCGACUCUCCCUCGUGCAGGGUGAAGAUGAGAGGCUGAGCGAGAAGAUGCCGCUGCUUCGGUCCUUCCUUGCGUUCUCACCGGCUUCCACCUCGCUGCUCUCCAAGUGUCGGCUGAUAAGAGUCUUGGAUCUCCGCGCCGCUCCAUUGGAGAGCUUGCCGGACGAGAUAGGCCACCUCUUCAACCUGCGAUACCUGAGCAUACGGCGCACCAAUGUCAGGCACCUGCCCAAAACACUGGGAAGCCUUCGGAAGCUUGAAACCUUGGAUGCGGUCUACACCCACGUCGAGGAGCUCCCCAGCGGAGUCACAAGGCUGGAGAGGCUGCGGCAUCUGAUGGUGAAGAAGUUCCACCGUCAGACUUCAAGAUACACCAUUCUCGGCGGCGGAGUCGUCGUUCCGGGCGGGAUGGGCAAGCUGCAGAAGCUGCAGACUCUGAAGGCCGUAGUAGUGGAGGACGAGACGACGGUCCGGCAUCUGCGGAGUCUGACGCAGAUGAAGAGCUUGGACAUCAGAGGCGUGAGAACCAUCCACAGCAAGUUGCUCUCGGCGUCCAUAUCCAAUAUGGAUCGCCUUGUUCGCCUGGUGGUGAUGGCGAGGCACAAAGACGACACCUUGCUGCUAAACAACCUCACUCCUCCGCCGCAGCUGCGGAAGCUGAGCUUGUACGGGAUGCUGGAGAAGGGGAUGACGUCUCGGUGGCCUGACUCUCUCAGAGCUCUCACUCAUUUGGUCCUAAAGAUGUCGAGACUCAAGGAGGACUCGCUGUCUUCGCUCAUGGAGUUGCCCAACCUGGUGUCCCUCUUUCUCAUGCAAGCAUACGACGGGACCGAGCUGUGCUUCCGUGCCGGUUGGCUCCGGAGGCUCAAGUCUUUGGGGCUGUGUGAUAUGAUCCACCUCAGCCGCAUGGAAGUAGAAGAGAACGCCCUCGAGAGCCUGCGUGAGCUGAGACUGGUAAGGUGUGGCAAGUUGAAGACGAUUCCGGUUGGCAUAGAGUACCUCGGUGGCUUGCAGAAGCUGGAACUCGAGGGCAUGCCAAUUGAGCUGGUGGAGAAGCUGCAUGGAGGGGGACAGACCGAGGACGACCGUGUGCGGCUUCAACAUAUCCCCAUCAUCAUGAACUGGUUCCAGAGAGACGGAUGUUGGAUGGAGGAAAGGCUCUCUUAACAUCUUUUCACCAUUGUUUAGAUCGUAGCCUGUGAUCGUUUAGAUCUCAGUUGCUGGCGUAUAGAAUCAUUACCUGAACUUGAUUGCAAUUGGAAACACAAGUUAUGCAUCUGGAACAAUGUAAUUGCGAUUUACAUAACAAGGAUCAUCAUCAUUGAAAUUUAGGACUGCA